AUGCAAAAGUCUUACUCGCCCUCCGGCAUAAUUGUCAACUCCAAAUUCUCUACAGGUGAUGUUGACACAGUGGAUGAUGUGAAACUACUGUUUGAUCUCAUUCAUAUUUCUCUCCUGCCUCCAGAUUUCGACCCUAACCUUGGCAUGAUGGCUGGAAUUACCCCCAUGAACCCAAUGAUGCCCGGCCUCAGUAUGGUACCUGCACCUCUCUCCCAGGACGUACCGGUUGUCAAGGAGAUCAUCCACUGCAAAAGCUGCACCUUGUUCCCCCCCAACCCCAACCUUCCCCCUCCAGCCACAAGAGAACGGCCUCCAGGGUGUAAGACAGUGUUUGUCGGUGGCCUGCCAGAGAAUGCCACAGAGCAGCUCAUCAUGGAGGUCUUUGGACAGUGUGGCGAUAUCACUGCCAUACGCAAAAGCAAGAAGAACUUCUGCCAUAUCAGAUUUGCAGAGGAGUCUACUGUGGACAAGGCUCUCUUCCUGUCUGGUUAUCGUAUCCGUUUGGGUUCCAGCACAGACAAAAAAGACACUGGUCGCCUCCAUGUUGACUUCGCACAGGCCAGAGAUGACCUCUAUGAGUGGGAAUGUCGCCAGCGCAUGUUGGCCAGAGAGGAGCGUCAUAGACGCAAGCUGGAAGAAGAUCGCCUCCGGCCACCAUCCCCUCCUCCCAUUGUCCACUACUCCGAGCAUGAGUGCAGCCAGCUGGGAGACAAGAUCAAAGAUGACGGCAAGUUUGCUGAAGCGGUUCGUGUGCUCCUGACCUGGCUUGAACGAGGUGAAGUUAACCGCAGAAAUGCCAACAAUUUCUACUCCAUGAUCCAGUCCUCCAACAGCCACAUCCGUCGGCUGAUGAGCGAGAAGAGUCAGCAUGAAAAAGAGAUGGAAGAAGCCAAAGACAAGUUCAAGACUGCUCUGGCUGGCAUACUGGCUCAAUUUGAACAGAUUGUGUCUGUAUUCCAAGCUGCUUCCAAACAAAAGGCAUGGGACCAUUUCUCCAAAGCUCAGCGCAAGAACCUGGACAUGUGGCGCAAACAAGCAGAGGAGAUUAGAAACAUGCACAACGAGCAGCUGAUGGGCAUCAGACGAGAGGAGGAGAUGGAGAUGUCUGACGAUGAUAUGGAAGACGCCCCUGACAGCAAGGACUCUGAGGACUCAGGUGUUUCCCAAGCAGAGGCAUUAAAGGAGGAGAACGACUCUCUGCGCUGCCAGCUAGAUGCCUACAGGAACGAGGUGGAGCUGCUCAAACAAGAACAAGGCAAAAACCAACCAAUUAGGAGUGAGGAGGACAGCACUCACUCACAGCAGCUCAGCUUCCUGCAGCAGGCUCUGCAAGGCAUGCAGAAGCAACUGUUAAAAAUGAGGGAAGAAUUAAAACAGCGGGAGGCUGAGCUGGAGAAGAGUUUGGAGGACAAACAACAGCUGAAGAACCAAGUUCAGAACUUGAAGGAAGGUCUCCAGAACCUGCAAAACGCACACGCGCUGCAGCUGGAGAUGUCGAAGCAAGAUGACAGAGGAAGCGAGGAGAGCGCUAAUCAAAGCAGCGAAGCCACAGCAUCAACGGUGGUGUCCUGCAGUCAGGAGAAAGAAGGUCCCACAGAGAGGAAUCCACUGAGCCCUGUCCACUCCGAGAGGGAAGCUCUGCUUGUUGGGAUCAUUUCAACGUUCCUGCACGUCCAUCCGUUUGGAGCCAGCAUCGAGUACAUCUGUUCCUACCUGCAGCGUUUGGACACUAAGAUCAACCCCACUGAGGUGGAGUCUCUUCUGUCUCGGCUGCCCUGCACCUUCAGACAGGAGCUAACUGGUGUCGGAGCCAGUCUGGAGAAACGCUGGAAUUUCUGCGGCUUUCAGGGCAUCAAGAGCACGUAGAGACUCUGCCAGUGGCACUCCUGGGAUUUGGAGGAGACAACAGGUGGACAAGGCAACACUGAGACACUGUAGACAUGUGAAAGAAACCGUAUAAUGUCCACAACUAUCAAAGACUGUGGGCUGCGCCUGACUGUACGAGGACGCAGAAGACUGAGCACAGAUCAGAGAAGAAAGUUAUGAGCAUUUCAAGAACUCUGUGUGGGCGGCAGAGACGUGAAAAUGCUGCAUUUCUAUGGUUACAGUAGUGUUGACACCAAGCCCUGGUGAUGAAGUCUUCAUGAGCUUGAACUCAGUUUCUCAGUGUCGACUAAAUAUUUUUAGACGCGAUGACUCCGCGGGAGUCACAGAACAGCACCAAUUCCUACAGUCACUGGAUUAUUCUGUAGUUUUUUGCCCACAGGGGCAGGGCAUUGUGAUUUCGAAGCCUACAGUCGGCUCUGUGUGGUGUCAGUGUGGGCCGGGUCUACAGGGCUAAACAGGGAGGUAAUCAGGGUACGCCUGAACACUUCAGUCCUCCGAACCCUUCGGCCUCCCUCUCUCUUUUUUGCUGUUCCUGGUUUGUAACAUAGAUCCAAAAAUAGAUAUAUUUCUUCAUUUUCUGUAAAGGCGGUUAACAGUUGCAUAGAAUCAUUUGUUGUAAUACACUGUAAAUGCUUGGAUGAUAUUUUUGAUUAUAAAAAAGAUGUUUGAGUAUA